UUCAAAGCUUCAGUCUUCAGAUAACCGAUCUUCAGCUCCUCUGUACUCAAACCUUCCGUUUCUAACUCAAAACAUCAUACGAAUCUACCUUAAUACGUACGUACGUAUACGGUACCGUAUACGUACAGGCAAAUGGCUUCAGUUUCUUCAAGUCCUCGUACGGUAGAAGAGAUCUUCAAGGACUUCAACUGUCGUCGCUCGGCUCUCGUUCGUGCUCUCACUUCGGAUGUCGACAAGUUCUACUCACAAUGCGAUCCAGAGAAGGAGAAUCUGUGUUUGUACGGACACCCAAAUGAAUCUUGGGAGGUGGCAAUGCCUGCUGAUGAGGUGCCACCGGAGGUUCCAGAGCCAGCAUUGGGCAUAAAUUUUUCGAGGGAUGGGAUGCAUAGGAAAGAUUGGCUUUCUCUUGUUGCAGUUCAUAGUGAUUGCUGGUUGCUUGCAGUGGCUUUCUACUUUGGUGCUCGACUUAAUCGCAAUGAAAGGAAGCGGCUAUUUAGCUUAAUCAACGAUCUUCCCACCCUCUUUGAAGUUGUUACUGGCAGGAAGCCUCUAAAAGAUAAACCAAGUGUAGAUAGUGGAAGCAAAUCCCGGAAUGGCUCCAAGAGAUCAAUUGAUGGAUUAGUGAGGAGCAAUCCCAAAAUACUUGAGGAUCGUGUAGAGGACGAAGAUGAUGAGCACAACGAAACCUUUUGCGGAAGCUGUGGGUCAAGUUACAACUCUGAUGAGUUUUGGAUAGGUUGUGACAUUUGUGAGCGGUGGUACCAUGGAAAAUGUGUGAAGAUAACACCAGCCAAAGCAGAAAGUAUCAAGCAGUACAAAUGUCCUUCUUGCUGCACAAAGAAGGGAAGGCAUUAGCAGUUACAGAGAAGCUUAUGGCGUCACAUACCAGCUUAUUUUACUCACUGUUAUUGUAGUAAAGUCAUGAUAGUUUAUUUAUCUAUUUAAUCUUGCUUUUCUGGGUUGGGAACUUCUGGGUUUCAUAGCGCUUACACAUUCUAAAUGAUGUUUAGCACUGACUGAUGUCUGAUUGAAGUCUGAAUUCUUCACCCUUACAACGGGUGACCCUUAAUUUAUUGGAUAAAAUAGGUAGCAGUUACAAUGGCAUUGUCCUUUCUCUAAUUUGUUCAGUUGUCUUGGAAUUUUAGGUGCUGCAAGCAUACAAAUAGGCACUGGAUCAUGAAUUAAAUCUGGUAAGCUGGAUUUCACA